GCGUUUUUUUUUUUAUUUCUUUCUUUCUUUCUUCCCAUUUCUCCAGAUCAGUUAUCAAGGCCAAUGGCCACCCUCAGAAGAGCUCUUCUCAACGCCCACCGAAUCCUUAAUUCUUCCACCGUCCCCAGUCGGACUACGAUCGUUAUCAGGCCACAAUAUGGGUGGGUAUCAAGAUUUGCUUCCACUAAUAUUAGUAACACUCAGCCAUUAGACAUCGACCUCUCGAGCGAAGAAAGCAAAAGGCGUCUGUUUAACAGAUUGUUGUAUAGGAGCAAGCAGAGAGGGUUUUUGGAACUGGAUUUGGUUCUUGGAAAAUGGGUGGAGGAACACAUCUAUUCCAUGGAUGAAAAUGGAAUUAAAGCUCUUGUUCAUGUCCUUGAUUUGCAGGAAAACCCUGACCUCUGGAAAUGGUUAACUGGUCAAGAACAACCACCUGAGGCAGUGAGCAUUAAUCCUGUCUUCUCUGCAGUGCAAGAGAAGGUCUUGAAAAACCUCAACAGCCAUUCUGCUCCUGAGACACGAGCAACACCUGGCCAGCCAUGGGUGAGAGGGUGGGAUCAUAUCAAGAAAGGUCGUGAUAGCCCUAUCACAGGAAAUCAGUAGCUUUGCUAUUGUUUUUAAGAUAGCAGGUUCUGAAGACUACUAUUUUAGAACAAACUUAAAGUGCAUAAUAUGUGUUUCUUCAUUCCUGUAUACUAUAAUAUGAAUAAGGAUGGCUGCACGGCUGCCAUGAAGCUGAAGAUACAAGAAGCCCUGGCUCUUUUUGUCAUUGACCUUUCAUGAAUUGAUCUAUAGCAGAAAUUUGUGGCUCAAUCUUUGUUUUGUC